AUGCAUCUCCACGGGGCGCAACUCGACCAUCAUCAUGGACCCGGAUUGGCUUGGAGGGAAGACAACGUCCACGGUAAAGCCAAAUGUCGGGCUCUUUGCGGUGAACGGAUACAAAUGCCGCCCACCCAAGCGGACUGGACCGAAGCCCGCGGACCAUCCCGGCAUGUCCCGGCAGAGUUGGAUUUGAAGGUGAAGCUGUCUGUUGGUGAGUGGUCGGCUGGUCUCAGGCACGGCUACUUCCCAAGGUGGGCUGGUGAGAGAGACGGAACGGCGAACCUCAAGAACUUCUCGUUCUGCUCGGUGCAGGGCGGUGUGAAGGAGAAUCAGUGCCGCUGA